UUCGAGUUCGAUAAAAAAAUUCGGUAAAAUUGGGUCCGGUUAGUUAGUGAAUUUGAAAUUUCUGGUUGUAAAAUUGGCCAUUCGUAUGGAGCCUGAUAAAGUACAGAGGUGGUGGCCCCCGGUCACGUGACCGAGCUGCGUUUUGAGCGCACUAACCAGACUGUAAAUAGAGAGUGUACAUAGUGUGAUAGGUGAGUGAUAUAGGUGUGUGGGAUUUUAGUUGGCAAUGAGUUCAAGCAACAAAUCGGUGUCCUCUGGUGGGAGGAGCACCAAUAAAAAUAAAUCAUCACACCAGCAUGGGAAAUCGGAUCAUCAGAAAUCAUCGGAUUCAAUAAAACAUGACAAAACACAGCCAAACACUGCUCAGAUGCGGCAUGCACAAAUCAUCGACACUAGAAUGGGCGGCGGCGAGGAUCCUGUCUUGAAAGAACGGAUCAAGCAAGUCAUGGAUAUGACCAGACGGUCGGAGGACGAGGUCGUCAUGGCUUUACACGACAGUGACGGGGACCUGGAUCGCGCCGUCAAUGAUCUUCUCGAGGGGGUGAAAACAGAAUGGGAGGUGAAGAAGAAGAAGCCUCGUCAACCUGCCGGCUCGAAACAGAACAUGGAUACGUCCGGUGGUCAAGACGAGACCGGCGAUUGGGACGAGAGACGUAAUCAACGGUCGGGUGGCCCUCCCCGUAUGCGUGGCCGUGAUAAUCGUGGAUGGCGUGGACGGGAAAAUAAAGAGAACGAGAGAAACAUGGAGGACGGUGUCCGCGACGGUAGUUACAGCGGUAACAGAAGGGGAAGAGGCGGUCCGGGUAGACCUGGCCGAGGUGGACGAGGCGGAGUAAGGGGACUCGGUCCGCGGACGUUCGCUAAUCGCAACGAUCCUGGAUCCGGCUCGUCUGCUCACAGCUUUAACCGGUCGAUCGAUACCUGGACAGGCAACGAGGAGCAACAACAAGCCGCUCAGGAACCAAAGAUGGAUGCGUGGAACAAUUUGGAUUCCGCAGAAGACUGGGAUAACGAAGAAUACACAGGUUCGUUAGCAGAUACGAAGGUUUUCACGCCAAGUACGACGGUGGUGGACGCUCCGCCAGCCACGGAGGAGCCAAGAACUCAGGAUAUCCAAGGAGUGCAAUCGAAUCAGAGUGUAAAUUUGUCGCUACUGCAGCAGGAAGAAUUACCAAAAUUGACGGAAAUACCAGCUAUACAACAACAAACUAUAAUUCAACAAUCUCAGCAACAGCAACCUGUACUGACUUUACCAACGAUGCAGUUGUCGCAACAACCGAAUGCUAUAAGCGGCGGCGUAUUAACGGCUGCCCAAACACAGUAUCUAACUCAGUUCACUCAACAGUCGAGCGAGAAUUUAAAAACUGCUGGACAAACUACGUUUUCCUCGUCGAUAUCCAACCAACCUCAAAGGCAGACGAAACAACGUCCGAGAGUACCGCCGCCGUCAAAGAUACCGUCGACUGCGGUAGAAAUGCCUGGCGACGCUGUCAACAGUGGCAUUGGUUUCCUCGACGUCCAAUUCGGUGCACUUGAAUUUGGUAGCGAUUCGAGUUCCCUCGACGGCUCUGCGAAUGAGAAGUAUAACUCGGCUAGUAAUACGAUUCCUGGCGUAGACGUGUCUUCUACUACGAAUACUGUGAACACUGCCAAUACGAAUAGCUCUUUGGACAUUGAAACGACGCAGCCGUCGUCGACGACACCUUUCAACACUACUUCUCAAAUGUUAUCGAAUAGCGACAGUUUACCAGCAUCGAGCGAGCAUACGAUAAACGCUCAAACGUUCACCGCUCGCGGCAGCAGUACCGGACAAACGUUAGACAUAACUAAACAGGAUUUCACUUCGCAAGUCUCCCCGGGAAACGCGCCGCCGUACGGUACGACGACUUAUCAGACGCAGAAGUCAUCGUUUCAAGCACCCUCGGCGACGCCGAGCACCUACAACGCCUACUCCACGAAUGCUCAGUCUGCUCAAUCGUCGUAUCAGAGCGCGUCGGGCACGAGCGCCAACAGUUACUCGGCAACGGCGACCGUCACUCAAGCAAGUUAUAACUCUUCGUCGUCGUUUCCACAAUCUAACACGUCGACUUUUAGUCAACCAUCUCCUUCCGCGUCUGCAUCCGCAACUUCUGGUUACAAUCAACCGACAACUACGAAUCAGGUAUAUCAAUCUGCAAGUGGAUACGCGCCUACGACGACGUCCCAGUACCAGGCACAGUCCGUAGCUACGAAUACCGUCUCGAACAGCAGUACAGGCUAUCAAACGAGCGGGUACCAAGGAUCGUCGUCGUUUCAAACGACUCCGCAAGCUUAUCAGCCAUCCGCUACUAGCUUCACCUCGCCCAUUACACAGUCUUCUGCCGCUUAUCAAAGUGCAGCGCAAUCCAUAUACGGAAGUGCAUACGGCACGUAUGCCAGUCAGCCGCAAACCGGAUCCCACAAUCACAAAUUGAACAGUAAUACCACGAAAGAUUCUCAGUACGAUAGUAACACGACGACGUCGAACAACUCUCUUGCGACUACAACGGCGCCUACGCUGGGCUCCGCUUCCGUAAACAGUUCACAGACUAAAGUAACAAAUUCCAAUGCAGUCCCGAAGAGUACAUCGAGCGGCGUAGUAACGGGUAGUAGUGGAACUGGAAACAUAACUGGUGGUGGUGCGGCUGGCAGCAUGACUCCCGUGCUGAGCCACCAAUACAUCAUGGGCCAGGGUGUACCUUACGCGUUCCAGCAACCAGUGUACAGUUACGAAGAAUUGCAGAUCCUGCAGCAGAGAAUGCAACACAUGCCAACUACUGGUUACUAUGACGCGGCGUUGGGCUAUCAGACAACCGGUCCAGCUACCAGUCUCGGUGGCGGACGAGGAGAUGGGCUCUCCGGUGUCCAAGGUGUCCAAGGAGUGCAAGGCGUACAAGGACCCUAUACCAGUAUUAGCGACGCUAGGUUCGCCAGAAACGAUAGCAACGCGUCCCCGGUUCCGUCGACUAUGUCGCAACAGACUGCUACGCAGCAUCAACAACCAAUGAUGAACCCUGCUCUUCCACCGACUUACGCAUACUUCGCGUACGGUGGUGGAAUAAUGCCAGGCGGCUUUCAGUAUGGAACUCCUGCCAUUUAUCCUCAGAUAGCCACUGCUGGUAAUGCCGGUACAAACAGUGGUGCGUACAGUGCUAAACCAGGAAGCUAUGGAUCGGGAUAUGGAGCGGGUGCUAGCUACGACGCGUUAGCGUCUGCCGGCCCCUCGAGCGAGUACAAAGGAGCUGGCAGCAGCUAUUCCAGUACGCAGAGCGGUAAAACGGGAACGUCUACUGGGAACACGAAUACCGGUGGAUCGUCUGCGACCGAUAUAAGCGCUACGAUGUACGCAAAGAGUCACGUAGCACUUGGUAAAGUGAACUCGUACGACAAACAAACAUUUCAUUCGGCGACUCCCCCGCCGUUUGGUUUGACUGCUGGUAGUCAAAACGCUGGUUUGCCUGGUACGUACGGGACGCCGCAUUUGUUUAUCCCGACUAUACCCCAUCAGUUGCAUCAGCCGCUUCAUCAGGACGGCGGCAGCAGUACAGGCCAAAGGUCUAACACGAGUUCCCAGAACAAGGCCCAAGCGAAGCCUGGUUACAGUCAGAGCUACUGGACGGGAAGUAAUUAAACACACAGUUUCGGACUGCGGGACGGAAAAUAAUAAUAUGAGAGAAACAUGAUUUCGGACUACAACUAUGCAACGUUCACCACUGUGAUACACGCUGGUGCGAAGAUACGGACAUUGACAUAAAUGAUACAAAGGACACGAGACGAGAUGAUGGUUUUUUUGGUGGAACUAAAUAAUCCUGGUAUGACACGAGUUACUAUAAAAUGUAAGAUGAGUUUUAAAACGUGGAAGGAUUAAGCAAUUUUUAAAGAUAUUGCGUUCAACGGGAUGGUUACAUAUUUCUUUCACACAUAUAAAUCUUAUACAGUAAUUAGUUUAAAAGAUGGAAGGAGAAAACGUUACAACUCUCUCUUCUAAUUAGUCGUAUUAAUUUCAUUAUACUCGUAAUAUCUCGAUAUUAUGUUGGAUUAUUAAAAAAAAAAACAUGAAAGGAUCCUUCAACAUGUUGUUUUACUUAUAAUUUUUUAAUUGCAUUAGAAAGUCUUUGGUGUGUACAAUGCAAUAUAUAUGUUUAUGUAUAAAUGUGUUUCCUUCGAGCAACAAACGUGGUAUGCGAAAGGGAAAUAAAAUGGACAGUCAAAGCACGUAGCACGGAUAAAAAAAAUUGCAUAGUUCUUCCAAAACAAUGAGGCGCACUCGUGCCAAAUAAAUUUAUAGCGUUUGCAACGUGCGAGAGUCCUGGACCGCACGAUCGUACAUAAUUGAGAAUGCCCGAAACGCUAUAGAGGAUGAAAACAAGUAAGAGGAAAUGAAAAUCAAGAUUUGUGUAGAUCUCGUGUGAAAUAUUGAAAAGAUGAUUUAGAAGAGUAAUUGACUGUUAAAUUUACUCCCGAUCUCCUAUCUGUAUACUACUGUGCAAUUGCGAAUAUACUGCAUCGACUGCAAAGGGUGAUAGUUUUUUUGUAUGACGUAGGCAUCUCCGUUCAUUAACAUCUAAAAGUGCUUCUUUACACAAAAGCAAAGAAAAAAGAGGAAGACAGAGAGAGAGAGAGAGAGAGAGAGAGAGAGAGCACCUCGUUCGCUACGAAACAUAAAAACUGUAUUACUGUAAAUUACAAUUAUUGUAUGUAUUUAACCACGGAAACAUCAGGUAUAUAAAGUUAUAAUCGUCAUAACGUUGUCACUUUUCGUAUUUAAAGAAAAAUGAAACGUGUGUAUAAUCACACUGAUUUUCGCAUUACUGCGCUCUCAUUCAUAAUAUACAUAAUAACAUUUGAUUCGGUCGCCUUGCAUUUCUUUUAGUUACCAGAAUUUUAAAAAAGUUAUAUUUUAUUAACAAACGUAUAAGCUACUAAACCAAAAAGAAAGAAAAAUGAAGAUAUCGUCGACUUGUGCUUUUCUUUUUUAAGAACUUUGAUUUGAAAAUAAGAACGGUACUUAUUUAAUGUAUCUUACGUUUACGAAAGCGGCGUAACAGAUUAAAGAGUGCCACAAAAAAUGAACGCUAGGAAAGAGAACGCGGAGCAGAAUUCCCGAGUAAUUUUUCUUGUGGUGCCUUGAAUAAAAUUUCAAACGACAGAGUUCAAACACACCUGCUUUUUGCAGUACUCUCACAUAGACUUUUUACAAUCCUUUCAUACUUGUAAGUUGUAUUAUCUAAAACUUUAUUGAUAUAUAAUUAACUUUUACUAAUUCCUCUAUAUCAUCCAUGUAAUUUAUCUUUCUAGAGAUUAAUGGUUGACUCCUUCUAGUUUAUCAUAUUAAUCAUUUUCAUUUGCGGAGUAUCGUUUGUCAGUUUUUUUAAAAUUCAUGGAGUUCGAAGUGAAUUUUGAAUCGAUCAUCGUUCGGAGAAACGUUUAAAUAAUUUAUAUUACUAUCUAAUAUAAUUGUAUAAGCUGUAAAACGUUAUCUUUAAAUUUAUUACUCAAGAAACAAGCUCUUCGAGAUAUAGGAGAAAUUUAAGACACGUGUUAUGAAGAUUUCAACUUGAUGUUAACACACAACAUGUAUAGUUCAAUUAAUAUUACGUGGCUACGUCCCAAGUUCUUCGAUUUCUUUCUUUUUUUCGUUUUUUUUUUUUUUCUUUUUUUCAUUUUUCCUCGUCUGAUUCGUAUUCAUUUCUUGGAUCUGCUUUAACAAAACUGUAAUAUUUGUUAAUACGUAAAUAAAAGUGAAUUUUAGUUGAUCGAAAGUACUGACUACUUAAUAAACUUAAUUGUUAAACUUUACACAUAAAAAUCUCAGUCGGUCUGCGAGCCUGCACCUUUUGCAUUUUCGUUUUUCUUAAAGAUAAAACUCUAUAAACAAACGUCGAUGUUAGUGUACCGCUAAUGAGCAUUCAUAAUGAUAUCGUUUCGACAAGAUAUCACGGAUAUAUAAAGUGGAAAAGAUGUAGUCGUCGAAUCCGUCUGAUGAAAUGAAACAGCCGUACUGUUACAUUAUCUACGCUAAAUUAGAUACAUAUUGUACAGUUAUUAAAUAAUCAGACAGAACGAUCUAAAUCUUAAUUAAUGCAAGUCAUUCUAGAGAGGAUUACAUUUCUGCAUUGUGGAUAGCAAUCAUUAUUACCGAGUAAUUUCUAUCAUUAAGAGGUAAACGAACAAAAAUACAUGUAAUAUGUGCGAGUAAAGUGUUUUCACGAGGUGCUGUUGAAAUCUUUACGAUCUAGCAUGCGUGUACCAUACGUUUGGGAAUAAAAAAAAGAAAAGAAACAAAUUGUUUUACCGUAUAAAACUGUACCAAGUACAACCACUGAUUACGAAGGGAGAGAAGUAAAUAAUUGUAAGUAAAAUCUCGUUAGCGAUUGCAUUAUACAUACGUAUGUAUACAUAUAUAAAUAUAUAUAUAUAUACACGAAAUUAGACGACGUCGAUACGGAUGAUAAAAUACGUUUGAAAAUCACGGGAGACCAAAUGUAGAAUAGUUCUUUGAAACAAGAACAAAGAGAAACUGUAAAUCUGUAAACCAUAAAAUUACUUGACGAGGAGAUGAACGGAUCGAUCGUGUCGACGACAAUGAUAUUCCCGAGUAUAAUACGGAUUGUUCAUCCUGAUUGUACAGGGUGUUCUUAAAAUGUUUACUACCUAAUAUUAAUAACUUAAUUAACGACUUUCGAAUAUUGUGCUAUAUAAAUCAAGCUUUAUAAAUAUACGUAUGAUUUUAAAUGGUUGAUAAA